AUGCACCAUGCCCAAAGCGGAAUAGCUUCGUGGGUAUGUGAUGGGCCUACGUCGCUUCCAGCCCAUGAUGUAAUCCGGAAUGCAGCAAGCAGCGGAUUACCCAGACAACACUUUUGCUACUUGCUUUUGGACCACGGUUUUGUUCCCAGAUUGUGGGCUGGCACCUCUUGUGGUCGAAGAGGUUUCGGAUGUACUCGUGGGGAUUCGACAUUACAUGCCAAGUUUGCUAGCAGAAUGGUGAUUUAUUUAGAAGAACAAAGAUCCAACAAAGACGCAAAAUCGAGCAUAUUCUCGCCCUUUGCAGAAUUGUUGGCGUGUCGAUUCGACCCAGACACUUAG